AUGAGCCAACACAGCAAGCUUCUUUUCUUUGGCUGCAGGGAAAAUGGGCCUCUCGCGUACUGUCCCGUGCAAGCCGACCUGGCAGUUCAGUCUCCAGACUAUGACGUUAACAACCUUGAUGGCCCUCUUGUCUUGGGUUGUAUUUUGACUGCCCCUAUGGUUCCUUUCAAUGCCCUAAAUGCCGGUCAACAUACAUUUCCAUGGCUAAGCUUACGAGACGGUGUUACAGCUGAAUGCUCUUCAACGAAAACUUGCAGCCUUGCUCAUACACAUCAUGAGCCCGGAUUUACCUUCAAUGGCGACUUGAGUUCUGAGAUAAGAGCCACAAGCGAUAGAAUCACAACUUAUUCUCUCAAAAGAGAUGGGACAGAUAAAUUCUUUAACGAAACUGUUGGUACUGAGCCAGUCAAAAGUUGGCUUGAAGGCAAGGGAGAGGCCCAGCUAUAUAUGGUUAAUCGUAUCCAAGUGGCCAAAGGCCUUGAGAUUUCUCAUUUGACGGGAGUUCAUCUAAAAUCAAACUUGGGUCCCGAUGUGAGAGAUCAGAUGAGCCAUAUCCUCGUUCCCAAGCUAGGCAAGCAGGUUAUUGUUGGAUAUGGGCUUCGGAAGUACAGCCUUCGCCGUGCUGGCGGACAAUUUCACACUGAUGGUGAUUGGAUUAUUACACCAGAAAGGGUGUAUUUCGAUCCCAAUGGCGGUAUUGCGAACUUGGAUAGGUAA